AGGGGUGGGACUUGGCACCAAAGUCCACCAAUGGGCAGCCGGGAAACUCGGCCUGUGUCAGAACAGCAGCGGGAACUCUCAGUCCUGGAAGCGAGUCGUGUUCAGGGUCCAUGGAAGGAAUUGAGGGUCCCAGUAAGGAACUUGCUAAAGCCAUCAAACCUAUUGACCGGAAGUCAGUUCAUCAGAUUUGUUCUGGGCAGGUAGUACUGAAUCUCAGCACUGCUGUGAAAGAAUUGGUAGAAAAUAGUGUGGAUGCUGGUGCUACUAAUAUUGAUCUAAGGCUUAAAGACUAUGGAGUGGAUCUCAUUGAAGUUUCAGACAAUGGAUGUGGGGUAGAAGAAGAAAAUUUUGAAGGCUUAGCUCUGAAACAUCAUACUUCUAAGAUUCAGGAGUUCGCUGACCUCACUCAGGUUGAAACUUUUGGCUUUCGGGGGGAAGCUCUGAGCUCACUUUGUGCACUGAGUGAUGUAACUAUUUCUACCUGCCACACAUCUGCAAAGGUUGGGACUCGAUUGGUGUUUGAUCAUAAUGGGAAAAUUGUCCAGAAAACCCCCUAUCCACGACCCAGAGGGACAUCAGUCUGUGUGCAGCAAUUAUUUUAUACGCUACCUGUGCGCCAUAAGGAAUUUCAAAGGAAUAUUAAAAAGGAGUAUGCCAAAAUGGUCCAGGUCUUACAUGCAUACUGCAUCAUUUCAGCAGGUGUCCGUAUAAGUUGCACCAAUCAAGUUGGACAAGGAAAGCGACAGCCUGUGGUAGGCACCAGUGGAAGCUCCAGCAUAAAGGAAAAUAUUGGCUCUGUGUUUGGGCAGAAGCAGUUGCAAAGCCUCAUUCCUUUCGUUCAGCUGCCCCCUAGUGACUCUGUCUGUGAAGAAUAUGGUCUGAGCUGUUCCGAUGCUCUACAUAAUUUGUUUUAUAUCUCAGGCUUCAUCUCAGGCUGUGCACAUGGUGUUGGCAGGAGCUCAACUGACAGACAAUUUUUCUUCAUCAAUCGGCGGCCCUGUGACCCGGCAAAGGUUUCCAGACUUGUGAACGAGGUCUACCAUAUAUAUAAUCGGCAUCAAUAUCCAUUUGUUGUUCUUAACAUUUCUGUUGAUUCAGAAUGUAUUGAUAUCAAUGUAACUCCAGAUAAAAGGCAAAUUUUACUACAAGAAGAGAAGCUUUUGUUAGCAGUUUUAAAGACCUCUUUGAUAGGAAUGUUUGACAGUGAUAUAAACAAACUUAAUGUCAAUCAGCAGCCACUGUUGGAUAUUGAAGGUAAGAAAAAUGCAGUGACAGAAUAUAUUCUUUUCAGAUCAGUCCAAAUUAAGCAAAGUCUUCUUGACCCCAGUUUUAUCCCUCUUCCUGACAAUUUCCAACCCUUAGUGUGCACUGCCUCCACCAACUACCACAUUCUGCAUUUUGAGUUACAACCAAACAUAUCAAGCCAUCUUCUACAGUUGUUUAAACCAGAUACUGUUUUCUGUAGAAGGAGAGAAACCUACCAAAGAGUCUUGAGGCCCACACAGGUUCUUCCCAAAGAUCAUUCUCCUAGGGAGUUGGAGCACAUGCAGACAGUUCUAGAAGAGGAGGAAUCUGCUGUUACCAGCGUAUUGAGUGUUGGGUCCAUGCUUUCCAGUCUUCAUGCUGCUUUACUCCUGGAGGCUAGACCACAUGGUAAAACAAUGUUUGCAGAGAUGGAGGUCCUUGGUCAGUUUAACUUGGGAUUUAUAAUAACCAAACUGAAGGAGGACAUCUUCCUUGUGGACCAGCAUGCCGCUGACGAGAAGUACAACUUCGAGAUGCUGCAGCAGCACACUGUUCUCCAGGCUCAGAGGCUCAUUGCACCUCAGACCCUCAACUUAACUGCUGUCAAUGAAGCUGUCCUGAUAGAAAAUCUGGAAAUAUUCAGAAAGAAUGGCUUUGAUUUUGUCAUUGAUGAAGAUGCUCCAGUCACCGAAAGGGCUAAGUUGAUUUCCUUGCCAACCAGUAAAAACUGGACUUUUGGACCCCAAGAUAUAGAUGAGCUGAUCUUUAUGCUGAGUGACAGCCCUGGGGUCAUGUGCCGGCCAUCCCGAGUCAGGCAGAUGUUUGCCUCCAGAGCCUGUCGGAAGUCUGUGAUGAUUGGCACCGCUCUUAACACAAGCGAGAUGAAGAAGCUCAUUACCCACAUGGGUGAGAUGGACCACCCUUGGAACUGUCCUCAUGGAAGGCCAACCAUGAGGCACAUUGCCAAUCUGGAUGUCAUUUCUCAGAACUGACACUUGUCAUUUUCUUUGUAGAUUUUAUUGUAGAUUUUUGUGUUUUGAAAGACAGGGUCUUAAGUAACACUUUUUUGUUUCAAAAUUAACCUGCUACUUUAAAAAAAAUGUACCAGAUCCACUUAAAAAUGAUCUUAAGCCAGGUGUUGGUGAUGUGCUCCUGUUGUUCCAACUACUCAGGAAGCUGAGACAGGAGAUUGCUUGAGCCUAGGAGUUCCAACCCAACCUAGAAAACAUAUUGAGACCCUGUCUCAAAAAAAAAAAAAAAA